CAAUUACUAUAUUGUAAUGUGUAAUGCUUGAAAAAAGGGAAAUUUAUCGCAAGUGGAAAAAAAUAAGGAAUAGUAGUAUAAUUUUAAUUAAGUCAAAAAAGUUACUAUUACUAUACAUAAACAAAAAAAAAUAAUAAUAUAAAUACAAAUUUAAAACAAGACCAAGUGCAUGAAAACAAUUCUGAUGGAAACAACACCAGCACUAACGGUACCAAUUAGAAUUCCCUUGAGCGAGAACUUCUCCUCAUCUACUAUUGGUCAACCGCAAUUCGGCUGCUCCGCCGACAGUGGGGUCAUUACCAGAAAAACAUCUAGCCAAAGUCUACACACUCGUAGCACAUCCGGAUCAUUGAGUUUACGACCACAAAGAUGCAGUACUCUAAGAUUGCCCUAUAAACUUCUGUCACAAGACAGUGGCAUUGAUAGCGUUGCUGAUGUUAAUUGUGGUGGCAGUGAGAACGAUUUAAAAUGUCGAACAGGGCGAUCAUCAACAGUGUCGUCAUCAACAGAAUCCCUAGGAACGAGUCCCUCGUCAGGGACUUCUUCAGGCAAGGUGUCAGAAUGCAUAAGCAGUAUUCUUCCUGUAGAUUUAGAAUUGCUGCCACCUGUAAAGGAAGGAUAUGUAACUGGGGAAGGCACCAUCGAUGCAGUCAGAGCUGCUGCUGUUCCAUUAAGACAAAUAUCAAAAUUAAGGACGAAUACGAUCACUGCAGCAGUAGUUGUGGAGGAUAAAAUUGAUGAAGUCGUCCUGGAGGACGACGAUACGAACUUUGACACUUUUACUAAUAAUUGUUUGAAAGAUAAGCAAGUAGCCACCGCUGCUGAUAAACUAGUUCAGUCGCAGACGGUUCGUGAUGGCUACCAAAAGGCCGAUGACAUUGAUCUGUUCUUUCCGAUUUUUAAGAACGCUGAUGAGCCUUUUAUCAAUGCGAAAUUGAUCAAUAAAAAAGAUGGCUUACAAGAUACAAUGUACUAUUUGGAUGAAUUUGGCAGUCCGAAAUUGCGGGAGAAAUACGCACGUAAAGAGCGCCAAAAGGCGUUAAGAAAACAAAAGAAAAAGAAGACUAAUAAAUUAGCUUCUAAGAGUAAUAACAAAGUUCCUUGUGUUGUUGUUGUAACAACCGAUAAUGGCGAAGAGAAUCUUCAUGUAGAAGUUCAAGAAGAAGAUGAAGAAAAACUAAAUUGUGAUAAUAGACAGUUAAGUGAAAGUAGUUUUAGGAGUAGAAUAUUUAAGGACGAAGGAGACGAUGAAGCUGAAGACAGUGACAAUAAUAAUUGUGAUGAAUCAGGGAAGUUGACGAACAGUAACAAAACACCAUCUUGUGUUAGUUGGACAAAAGUCUUUUCCAAGUUUCGUAAUAUUUUGGGCAGAGACGGUUCGAAAAUUACAACAGUUGUUGCCACACCUGGACAAGGCACUGAUCGUGUACAAGAAGUUUCAUACACAGACACAAAAGUUAUUGGCAAUGGAAGUUUUGGAGUUGUUUUUCAAGCAAAAUUAUGCGACACCGGAGAAUUGGUAGCAAUUAAAAAAGUUUUACAAGAUAGACGCUUUAAGAAUCGGGAGUUGCAGAUAAUGAGAAAACUGGAGCACUGUAAUAUUGUGAAGUUGUUGUAUUUUUUUUACUCGAGUGGUGAAAAGCGGGAUGAAGUAUUUUUAAAUUUAGUACUCGAGUACAUACCGGAAACCGUAUAUAAAGUUGCCCGUCAGUAUGCUAAAACUAAACAAACGAUACCAAUUCAUUUUAUCAGGCUUUAUAUGUAUCAAUUAUUCAGAAGUUUGGCUUACAUACAUUCAUUGGGCAUAUGUCAUCGUGAUAUUAAACCACAGAAUUUACUUUUGGAUCCAGAAACGGCUGUGCUUAAACUCUGUGACUUUGGCAGCGCUAAACAAUUGUUGCAUGGCGAACCGAAUGUGUCGUACAUAUGCUCUAGGUACUAUCGCGCACCCGAGUUGAUAUUUGGCGCAAUUAAUUAUACUACAAAAAUUGAUGUGUGGAGUGCCGGUUGUGUACUCGCUGAAUUACUUUUGGGGCAGCCAAUAUUCCCUGGUGAUUCUGGUGUGGAUCAAUUGGUCGAAGUUAUAAAGGUAUUGGGUACACCAACACGAGAGCAAAUUCAUGAAAUGAAUCCAAAUUAUACUGAAUUCAAAUUUCCCCGAAUUAAAAGUCAUCCAUGGCAAAAGGUAUUCCGCAUACGAACACCUCCAGAGGCUAUAAGUCUAGUAUCGGAACUACUUGAAUACACACCUAGCGCCAGAAUAACGCCCCUAAAGGCAUGCGCACAUCCUUUCUUUAAUGAGUUACGUGAAGGUCCUCAAGUCUUACCGAAUGGAAGGGAAUUCCCACCAUUGUUCAAUUUCACUGAACAUGAACUUUCAAUACAACCAAGCUUAAUCCCCCAACUUUUGCCACAGCGGCAACAUGAUGCUUCAAAUCGAUCAGGAUCUGGCGCUGCAACAGCUUCUGGCUCAAAUUCAAACCCAUCAAGUGGCGCCGGAACGCCAGGAGCAAACUCGCAAGCAACAGGCAACCAAUCAUCGAGUGUUGGUGGCGCCGGUGUGUCAUCAACAUCUGGUGGUGGUAAUUCAUCAUCAGCAGCUACCAGUUCUGGUGCUGUUGGUGCAUCAUCAUCAAUACAGCCCCAACCAGCUGAAGGAACUGCAAGUAAUAGCCAAGUUGCGGCAGCUUCAACAACAACUGGAGCUGCAGCCGCCACAACUUCACCGGGGGCUGUGGGAAAUUCACAAAUACAACAAACAGCGACGACAAUGGGUUAGCAAGCUUCAUUAGGGCUUAAUAUUCAUGAUUAUAAUACAAUAAUAGUUAUUAUAAUGAUUUUAACAGAAAAUAUUGAUACAAUUUAUAUUAUUAUUAUUAUUACAUUAUUAUUAUAACUAUUGAUAAAAGCAACUAUUAUAAAUACUAUUAAAGUACUAAAAACCAACCAACAAAUCAAAAAUUGAAUAUUAACUUCAAAACGAUUUUUCAAAAAAAAAAAAAGAAAUCAAAUUAAAUAAAAAUUAAUUUAAAAAUGUGCACCAAGGUUUUUUGUUUUUCCUCGUAAAAGAUACAAAUAUAAUAAAACAAAACAUUUCAUCUCAUAAUGGUUCAACUAUCAUCAUUCAUUGCAAUAUAAAAAAUGCAUAUAAAUAUAUAAAGUUAUUUACACGAAAAGCAAAACGUAUAACAAAAUAAAAAUUAAAAAACAAUGUCCACAUUCAUAUAAGAAAAUUUAAAAAAAAGUCUCCUUUCCCCAUUAGUAAAAUAUUAAAAAUAAAGUGAACAUUUUAACAAAUAAAAACAAAAAUUAUAUACUAUUUGCAAAAAAUAACUUGAAUUAAAUCCUUUUACGUGUAUCAGUAAAUGAAGGCAAAACAAAUAAUAGUAGCUGUUCGCUUCUGUUCUUAAAAAUACAAAAUAAAGAUUUUUAAAACUAAAGUUAAAUUAGUUAUUUUUUAGUAAGACAGUAGGUACGGUUACUUACAAUUGAAACAUGAAUAACGCAUUAAAAUAUAUGACUAUUAAAAAAGAAAAUGUUAAGAAUAGGUACCGCCGCCGAUAAAAAAUAAUUUUUUUUGACGAUGUAUAAACUAACAAAAAUAUAUAUAAACUUUAAAUUUGAGUAGAUAUUAAAAUAAAAAUUAUUAUGAAUACAUUUGAAAUCAUACCACACAUUAAAAAAAUCACAAUAUGUCCUGCUGUAAUCCGUUACUCCGGAUACUAUUGUCAGCAAUAUUUUAAAAUUUACAGAACAAAAAAUGUUUAAAAUAAAAUGAAAAAUAAAUAAAAAUUAUGGAUAUACAUAUACACAUUAUGUAUGUUUAUGAGUAAAAAUAAUUUUAAUAUAAAAUAAUGUUUUAGUGUCUUUUUAGUUAAUAAGUUUUCAGAAAUAUACAUACAUAUAUAAAAAUGACAAAAUAAAUGUUGAAGAAAAUCACCCUUGUAACAGUAUCCAUCGUUAUAGGAAGUUAAACGUGAAUUUCAAAAAAAAAAAAAACAA